AUGAAUGCAUCCCACGCGACCAAGUUUCGUCACGUGGAGAGCACGCGACUCGCCUCUGCGUCCAGAGUCUUGACGCACUUGCCCGUGUCUAUUCCAAGUGCCAGUUCUGAACGUCCCGCUCUUGCAGCGACUUCCGCUCACUUGGCAUUUGUUCAGUCGGAAGAUACUCAUGGCGGCUCAAUCCAAGUGGAAGCUCUGAGUGGGAUGGACGCAGCUGAAACAGAGAGUCAGAAGUCUACAGAGACGCGGCCGCUGUCCUCUGGCGAGUGGGGUCACCGGGCCACGUACUCGAGACGAGGAGUGCUGAGACUGUAUGAAGUGCAUGCUUCGACGAUGAGCUUAGAGAGAGCAGUGGGACAAGGCGCUUCGUUGACGUCUGCAGACUGGACUUGGGAUGGUCGAGCUGUGAUAGCGGCAACGAAUGACCCAGCUGUGAGGAUGGUGGACACGCGUGAGCAUUUGACGUCGACGGUCGAAGUACCAAAGGCACAAUCAGGUACACGACCCGACCGAGAGCUCAAGUUAGGGGACCCUCGAUUCAUGGCCAAGUGCUUACAUCGAGAAAGAGUGGAUGCAGGAGGUGGUGACCAGUUGUUUCCGCUCUACGAUCCUGAUAUGGACCUCUUGUUUGCGCUAGGCAAGAGAAGUUGCAGUGCCAGAAUGUUUGAGGUAGACGUGACGCGCGUCCCUUAUGUGCAUGCACUAAACUGCCGCACAUCGCGCGACUCGACACUUGCAGCGCUUGCAGCGACGCUUCUGUCCAAGUCAGUGUGUGAUACGAAUGUGUGUGAAGCUGCCCGCGUGUUGAAUCUCAGUACGAGCGAAACGAGUGGUGGCGUGAGCUGCGAAGUCAUCAGCUACCGAGCUCCUCGCAACGAGGAGACGUGUACGUUCCAAAGCGACUUGUAUCCCGACUUGUUGUCAAAAGAAGCUGCAAUAAAGUCCGAGGAGUGGAUACGGGGGCAAAAUGCUGAUCCUUAG